AUGGCCGAAAACGAGAAUUCAGAUCGAACCCCUGUGACGGCGGCCGAAGAGAUAGAAACCACUUCUUUAGUCGAGACAGUAAAUGCCGAUCCGAACGCGCCUUCCCCCGGAAAAGCAGCUGCCAUAACUCAAGAAGUAGCGCCCGAAGUAGCGGAACCAAACGAAGCAGCAACUGCUCAACAAGAGGUUCUUCUCCCGAAAAGCACCUCUGAUAAUGAAGCGUCAAAUGAUAUGAUCAUAGCACAAGACAGCGAACAACCACAGAAUAAUAUCACUUCCAACGCAAAACCAACAGUGGCGACUGAACAGCCCACUGAACAACCAAUCGAACAGCCAAUCGAACAGCCAACCGAGCCACCAUCUGAACAGCCAACCGAACAGCCGACCGAACAAUCCGAACAAAGCAUCCAACAAUCAGCAGAGUAUAAAGCGGUCCCGCCUCCACCUUCACUAUCAUCUAAUUCUGAUGUGGUGCAAUUUAAUGAUGCAAUGGCUAGAGUCCGAGCAAUAGCUGCUAAAUUACAGCAAGAAGCAGCGCGAACAAAUCCACAACAGCAGACAACAGUACAACCAGCGAACACAACAGCAGACGUUACUGAGACCCCUCCUCAAGGUCAUAGUCACGGUCAUCAAGGUGUCAAGCGUUCCCACGAAGAGAAUUAUAGCAGCCACAGUUCGAGAGAUAAACGUGACGAUCACCGUGACGAUCACCGUGACGACUAUAGGCGAGACUCUUACAGCAGACGCGAUAGAAGCCGGCAUGAUGACUACGGCCGUGAUUCUAAGAGAACUGCUUACGAUGGCGGAUCUUCGCGUUCAGAUUAUGAAAGUGGAAGCAGACACCGUUAUGGCCUCGGAAGUGAAGAACGUCAUAGGCAACAUGGAUCGUAUUACGGUCCUGGGGAAUCGUUACGUUCAGGACAGAUUCUCGAAGAGUUUUCUGUACCCAACGUGGUUGUCGGCUCUGUUAUUGGACGAGGUGGAGAAAACAUAAAGAAGAUUGAAAAGAACACAGGAGCCAAAAUUCAGUUCUCGCAAGAUCAACCACCAGAUUGUAUCGACAGACGUGUAUCUAUUGCUGGUUCUCCAGAAGAAGUCAGAAGUGCGCGAACCAUGAUACAGUCACUUGUCGACGAGUCUCUCACGAGCCAAGUAAAUCGUCGCGGAGACUAUGGACCUAAUCGUGUUACAGUUACAAUUCACGUUCCGAGUAGUAAAGUGGGUGUGAUAAUAGGUCGUGGUGGCGAAACUAUACGUGAUCUACAAGAUAGAAGUGGGGCACGAAUAAAUGUUACACCGGAUAAUGCUGCCACAGUUCAAUCUGCAGAUCGUCCGGUGACUUUGGUUGGCGAUGAGGCUGCGAUCCAGAGAGCAAAGGCGUUAAUUGAUGAAGUCAUUAAUGGUGGCGAUGUUGCUUUGGACAGGUCAAACUCCAAGGAAUACGGUGGUUCUAGUCGUGGAGGUAGCGUGUAUAGUGGUGACGGUCAUGGAAGCAAUUACAAAGAUAGUCAUUAUGGUCCGGGAGGACAGUAUGGUGGAAAGCUCUCCCAAGAGAAGGUUACAAUUCAAGUGCCAAACGAUACAGUCGGAUUGAUUAUUGGGAAAGGCGGUGAGACAGUCAAGACUCUUCAACAACAAUCAGGUGCUAAAAUUCAAAUAGAAUCUGACCAUGGACCAACGACCGCAGAUAGAAAUGUACAUAUAAUCGGGACAUCUGAGACUAUUGCUAUUGCGAAAUCUUUAAUUCUUGAAAAAGCUGCGUCUGGAAAUGUAUAUGUCGUUUACUAUCGCUUGUUGAGUGGUCUUGCUAUCGUUUUUAUCCGUGAUAGGCCUCGACAUCCGGACUACGGAAGGAGUGGCGGAUACCAGCAGAGCGGAAGUGGAUAUCAACAAGGCGGUUAUCAACAACCGGGAAGCUAUCCACAGAAUAGCGGCUAUCAACAGACGACGGGGUAUCAGCAGAGCUCACCUUUAGGUGGACACCAACAAAGCGGAUAUACACAAAGUAGUAAUUAUCAGCAGGGCACUGGAUAUCAACAGACUAAUUACACGCAGAAUGCUUAUCCUCCUCAGCCGACACAGCAAAAUACAUAUGGACAAACGAACGCGGUUGGCGAUCCGCUAUCCAGUGGCUAUAAUACUGCUGCAUAUGCGUCAUCCGGACAACAAUCAUCAACUAAUUACGGUCAGUAUAGUAGUGGUUACAACCAGACACCAACUACUUAUGGCCAAUAUCAAACACAGCCACACUAUGGUUCAUAUCCACAGCAAUCACAAUACAGUCAACAACAGUCUGCAGCGGUAGUCGGACAGACUGCUGCACAGACUGCACAACCAAUGGGACAGCCAACAGCCACGGGGCAGCCAGUCAACCAGACGAUACCCCAGACAAUGGCUCAAUCUCAAGGCUAUUACUCAACGCAACCAACACCAGCCGAUAACAAAAAUUUACCCCAAGGAACCGAAGUCAAACAAGAUAUAUCGACGUCAUCCACAUCGCCACAAUAUGGCUACCAACAGUAUCAGUAUAACUACGGUGCAGCUCGACCCGCAGUGACUCAAUAUCCAAGUAUGCCUAACCCUACUUCUACCCCUCAAAGCACCUAUCCAAGUUCGACCACGACUACGGCAUAUACUCCAACCACAGCAUCCAACGCGCAAGAUGCUAGAGAUCAAUCAUCACCCCCACAACCGACAUAUUCAGCAUUAUUCACUGUCUUGACGUUUGGACGCCAAACAUACUUGACUGUUAGACCAAUACAGACUAGUGCAGUAUUAUUUCGUAGAAUGCCACCAAAAAAAGUGAUAAAAGAAGAAAAGAUAUUACUGGGUAGACCGGGUAAUAACUUGAAGAUUGGUGUCGUUGGUUUGCCUAACGUAGGCAAAUCAACGUUUUUCAAUGCAAUUACGAAUAGUGCUGUACCAGCUGAAAACCGUCCGUUCUGUACAAUUGAUCCUGAAGAAUCUCGCGUAGCAGUGCCAGAUCCUCGUUUCGAUUGGUUGUGUGAUGUAUAUAAGCCCGACUCAAAAAUCCCAGCUUUUUUAACGGUAAUUGACAUCGCAGGGCUUGUAAAGGGAGCUGCAACAGGAGAAGGCUUAGGGAAUAGCUUUUUAAGCCAUAUUCGUGCUGUAGAUGCUCUAUUCCAUGUUAUCCGGGCUUUCUCCGAUGAAGAAGUGUCACACGUUGAAGGUGAAGUCGAUCCAAUUCGAGAUCUGGAAAUUAUCCAUACGGAACUACGUCUUAAAGAUGAAGAAUUUCUCACAAAACGUGUUGAGGAUCUUGCCAAGGUUACUGCGCGUAUAGGAAAGGGUGGUAGCGCAGCUGACAAGGCCAGAAAAGAAGAAUUGGAAAUCUCACAGAAAGUUCUGGAUCUAGUAAAAGAUGACGGCAAAGAUGUGCGAAAGGAAAACUGGAGUAAUAAAGAAGUUGAAAUAAUCAAUUCUCUUCAACUUAUAACUGCAAAACCAGUGAUCUAUCUUGUUAAUUUAAGCCAGAAAGAUUACAUUCGAAAGAAAAACAAGUGGUUACCCAAGAUUAAGGCUUGGGUCGAUGAGAAUAACCCGGGAGACCUUAUAAUCCCUUUCUGCGCUAAUUUAGAGCAACGCUUAUCAGUGAAAAAGUCUGCUGAAGAAAAAGAAGCAAUGCUAAAGGAAUUGGAAACAAACUCUGCUUUGCCCAAGAUCAUCGUUGCUGGUUAUCAAACAUUGCAAUUGAUCUAUUUCUUCACUUGUGGACCUGAUGAAGUGAGAGCAUGGACUAUCAGGAAACUAACAAAGGCACCAAAAGCCGCAGGAGUCAUCCACACAGAUUUAGAAAAAGGCUUUAUUCUGGCUGAAAUCAUGAAAUAUGAGGAUCUCAAAGAACAUGGGACAGAAGCUGCUGUUAAAGCUACCGGGAAGUAUGCACAAAAGGGCAAAGACUAUGUAAUGGAAGAUGGGGAUAUUGCAUACUUUAGAUCAGGUCUAGGGAAAAAGAAGUAG